AAGCUGUAUAACUCUCAGGGUCCAGAGCUGCGACGCUCCCUGUUCUCCCUCAAACAGCUCUUCCAGGAUGAUAAAGACCUGGUUCCAGAGUUCGUGGCCUCUGAAGGUUUGACGUGUUUCAUAAAAGUUGGAGCGGAGGCCGACCACAACUACCAGAACUACAUCCUGAGAGCUCUCAGUCAGAUCAUGCUGUUUGUGGACGGUAUGAACGGAGUGAUAAACCACAAUGAGACGGUGCAGUGGCUCUACACGCUAACAGGAAGUCUGUCCCGUCUGGUGGUGAAGACGUCUCUGAAGCUGCUCAUCGUGUUUGUGGAAUAUUCAGAGUCCAACAGUCCUCGACUCAUCAGCGCCGUCAACACGGUGGACGGAAAGAGAGGUGUGAAGCCGUGGAGUUACCUGAUGGAGGUCCUGGAGGAGAGAAACGGCUCCGACACAGAGCUGCUGAUGUUCGCCAUGACGCUCAUCAACAAGACUCUGGCGGCUCUUCCUGACCAGGACUCGUUCUACGAUGUGACGGACAGUCUGGAGCAGCUGGGGAUGGAGACCAUCAUCCACAAACACAUCAACAACAAGGGGACGGAGCCUGACCUGCGAGCUCAGUUCACCGUCUAUGAGACAGCUCUGAGGUACGAGGAUGGCGAGAUGGACGACUCGUCCUGUAACCUGCGUAAAGAGCGAAGGAAGACGACCACCACCGAUCAGGAGGGAAGAAAGAGCCGCCGCUCCUCCAGUCAGAACCUCCCUGACCUCCUGACCUCCUCCGCAGGCUCCUCCCCCUCCGCCUCCCCCACCCCUCCUGCCUUCGUCUCCCCCUCCACCGCCAACGCCCCCCUGUCCCCCGCCAUCUCCUCCGCCUCCUCCCCCAGCCCCACGGCGGGCAGCAGGGCGUCGUCCCCGCUGAUCUCUGACCCCGGCAGCCCCGCCUCCAGUCCAUCAGGGUCCCAGAGAGGGUCGCCGCUGCCCCCCCACACCGCCCCCAACGGUACCAUGACCGCAGAGCAGGAGAGCAGCAAGUCACCGCCCCCCGCGAGUCGCUCUUUCCUCAGCCACCACAUGUCAGCUCUGGGUCUGAGCAGGAAGUCCAGACUCUUCUCCAAAGCCAGCUCCAUCUCUGAGGAGCCUUCAGCCGCCUGCAGCUCGCCCUCCUCAGACGUCUUCUCUCAGCAGGACAAGUCGUCUCAGUCGAACCAGGAGCAGCUCGUCAACAAGACGGAGUCUAAAACCAGUUUCAACUUUGGGGAGGCUGCCCUGCUCUUCUGCUCAGAGGACUGUAAUGUAAAUCCUGACAGGCCGGUUCUGAGGAGGUUUGAAGACACCUUCCUGCGCAGCCUGGCCGCCACGCAGUGGGAGAAGAAGAGAAGAAGUAAACACCUCAGCCAGUCCAGGCUGUCCUCGUCUGAUGAUGUCAUAACCCCGAGCGUGCAGCCCACAGAGGAGGGCAGCAGUGUCCCGUCUGAGGAGCUGUCGCGUCAGGUCUCGACGUCCAGCAGUUCGGACACAAACGGACAUUCAGACUCCCAGAAUGAAUCAGCGCCGUCGAUGCAGCGUCAGUGCAGCACUCUGUCCAACGACAGGAAGUUCCUGCUAGAUAUGCUCUACUCCAAGACCUCCAGCUCAGCACCUCUGAGCCCACCUGCUGCCGCCGCUGCUGACACCACAGAGGAAGAAGGGAACUUCCUGCCUGGUGGAGAUCAGAGCGGUCGGGGUCGUGUGUUGGAGCGUCUGACCAGCUUCAGCUCGCGCUCAGCCGAGCCGUCCAGCCCGAGUGAGAGCAGCGCCUCCCGCAGGGCGGAGCUGGAGGGGCUGGAAGGCUCCGCCCAGGCAGCGCUGGCCCGUCUGGCUGAAGAAAAACAGAACCGUCACCUCCGUCAGCAGUGCAGCAUCGAUGUGGAGAGCCACGCUCGCCGCCUGGAGACCAUCCAGAUGACUCCGCUGGGCCCCGGGGGCCCCGCAGACGCCUGGGACCAGCUGCAGCCGAGCGCCGCCGCCCUGCGCAUCAAAGACCUGGACUUCUCCGACCUGAUGGACGAGGAGGACAUCGAUGUGUUGGACAUAGACACCUUUGACUCCUCCUCUUCCUCCUCCUGCUUCUCUGGCAUCCCUCCCCCUCCUCCUCCUCCCCCGGGCCUGGGUGCUCCUCCUCCACCUCCUCCUCCCCCUCCUCCUCCACCACCAGGUGGUCUCGCCCCACCCCCACCUCCUCCCCCUCCUCCAGGUGCUCCUCCUCCCUCGUCCUCGUCGGCGUCCACUCAGAAGAAGAAGAAGAAGACGGUGAAGUUGUUCUGGAAGGAGCUGAAGCAGGCCGACGGGCCGCACAAGUGUCGCUUUGGUCGGGGGACGGUGUGGGCGUCGCUGGAUAAGGUGGCGGUGGACACCUCGCGACUUGAACACCUGUUUGAGUCUAAAGCCAAGGAGCUGCCCGUCGCCAAGAAAGGACCUGAGACCAAGAAGUCUGAGAUUCUGGUUCUGGACCCGAAGAGGAGCAACGCCAUCAACAUCGGGAUGACCGUCCUGCCGGCCGUCCACGUCAUCAAGACCGCCAUCCUCAACUUCGACGAGUUCGCCAUCAGCAAGGAGGGGAUAGAGAAGAUCCUGACCAUGACGCCCACAGACGAGGAGAAGCAGAGGAUCCAGGAGGCUCAGCUGGCCAAUCCUGACCUUCCUCUGGGCACAGCGGAGCAGUUCCUGUUCAGCCUGGCCUCCAUCAGUGCCCUGACCCCCCGCCUGCAGCUCUGGGCCUUCAAACUCAACUACGAGGCUCUGGAGAAGGAGAUCGCAGAGCCGCUGUUUGACCUGAAGCUGGGCAUGGAGCAGCUGGCGUCCAAUCAGACCUUCAGGAGAAUCCUCGCCACGCUGCUCGCCAUCGGAAACUUCCUCAACAGCUCCAACGCGAAAGGCUUUGAGCUGGGUUACCUGGAGAAGGUGGUGGAGGUGAAGGACACGGUGCACCGUCAGUCUCUGCUGCAUCACACCUGCAGCCUGGUGGUGGAAAAUUACCCAGAAUCCUCUGACGUCUACAGUGAGAUCCCCGCCAUCACCCGCUCCGCCAAAGUGGACUUUGAGCUGCUGUCUGAGAACCUGGUGCAGCUGGAGAGACGCUGCAAAGCAUCAUGGGACAACUUGAAGGUGGUGGCCAAACACGAGACAAAGGCCGUGCUGAAGAACAAGUUGACCGACUUCCUGAAGGACUGCACACAGAGGAUCAUCAUCCUGAAGGUCGUCCACAGGAGGGUCAUUAACAGGUUCCACUCCUUCCUGCUGUUCCUGGGUCAGCCGUCGUCCUCAGUGCGUGACAUCAGAGUGACCAGUUUCUGUCGGAUCAUCAGUGAGUUCUCUCUGGAGUAUCGGACCACCAGGGAGCGCGUCCUCAGCCUCAAACGCAAACGAGCCGCUCACAGAGAGAGAACCAAGACCAGAGGGAAGAUGAUCACAGAGACUGAGAAGUUUUCGGGGGCGGUGCCUCACGAGGACAGCCCCUCCCCGGUCUCCAUGGCAGCGGAGGCGGAGCCAGGUCAGGAGGAGGAGCAUGAGAACAUGAAGAACCUUCUGAUCAGCAGCAGCAGCAGCAGCCUGACUGUAGACCAGAGAGGCCUGAGACGCUCCCGAGCCGUCCGCAGUUUCGGCAGGGUGAGUCCGUCUCACAUGUCUGUAGCCAAAGACGACGGGACGAGCUCCCAGGACGAUGCCACAGACGAGAUCAUGGACCGACUGGUGAAGUCCGUCACCCAGAAUCCCUCAGACAGACCGUCCAGCCCCAAGACCCGCAAACGCUCCAGACUCAACAGGAAGUCAUUGAGGAGGACUCUGAAGAGCGGUCUCAGUGUGGACGUGGUUCAGGCUCUGGGGCUCAACAACAAGUCAGCGGACAGAGUCUGAGACUCCAGCUGAUCAGUGAACACUAUUGAGACUGAACGCUGUCGACAUGAGGAGCGACUCCCUGCAGGAGGAGGAUGAACACCUGUCUCUCUCCUCUUCCUCACUGAUGAUGAUCUAUUUAUUAACAUGAACACGUCGACAUGUUUGACUUGCUGACAGCUGACGAGCAGCUCGUUCAAACUGCCGCCAUGUUUGUUCUGACAUCAUCAUCACAGUGAUUCUUGUUGCUGUCUGAGCUGCUGGAGGAGGAGGAGGAGGAGGAGGAAACAUCUUCAUCACUGAGACGACACACAGACUAAAUAUUUAGAGAGACGUGACUGCACACACACACACACACACACACACACACACACACAACGUCACCACUAGGUCCAUUGAGUGUUAAAGUCACAUGACCUUCCUCGACACAUCUGCACCUCAGACCUUCACACCUGGCUGCAGUGACAUCACAGGUGAGCUGCAGCACACUGUGAUGUCACUGCUGGGCGUGGUUACAGCUGUGGUGGUUGUUCACCUGAUUCUUUGUUCUUUAAACACUGUGUGUAUGUGUGUGUAUGUGUGUGUGUGUGUGUGUGUGUGUGUGUGUGUGUGUGUGUGUGGAAUGAAACCAAAGUUAAACCAACAUCAAAUUGAAUCUGAACAUUUUCCAACCUGAAAAUCUUGACAGUUUUAUUUUCAGCAGGAUUCAUUCUGACUCAACACUAAAACAGAUCUUUGAAUUCCACAGUGACACCUUUAAACUGUUUCCAGCAGAAUCAUUUGACACUCAACAGUUAUAUCUUAUGUAGAACACUCCAUUUAAAUAAUGCAGUUAAAGCUGUUUGUAAAGAUCGUUCAGCGUUCAGCGUUGGAAGGGUUCAGAUGUCGAGUCGUUCAGGACUCAAGUUUAAACUUCAGUCAGAUUAAAAUACAUUUUUAAUUUGUAAUAAAACUUUCUCACAGAUGAAGGGUCGGUGGGAACAUUUGUGAAAAUCACGUCACAGAGUCACUGAUGUGGUACAAAUCUGUCACCUGCCACUGUGUGUGUGUGUGUGUGUGUGUGUGUGUGUGUGUGUGUGUGUGUGUCACUGAUGAUGAUGUUUCAUCAUCUCAUAUGUUCAUUUCAUCUGAGCACAGAUUACAUCAGUUUUUUUUUCUGUACAGUCGAGUUAGUUUUUUGCACUUUGAGGUGUUUUUGGUUGUUUUGUUUUUUUCUGCUGAUCUCGGGUCAGUUAGGGACUGUUCAAAAUAUAUGGGGGGGGGGGGGUUGGACCCUCCCUCCACCAUAAAUGACAUAUGAGAUUUUUUUUAAAGGUUGAAGAUGAACUCCUGGAGUUGAUAAAAGCCUCAGUUUAUUUUUGGACAAAUUUUAGAUGAGACAUAGAAUUAAGUGGUUCUGAUGAAAUGUUACUAAUUUAAGACCAGAUUUGGUUUGAGACAUGUUUUCCUUAAAAAUCAAUAACAUUUGACGACAUGUUUAAAAAAGAUUUAGUUUGGAAACUUGAAAAUCGAGUUUCUGUUUUUACAGUUUCAGGCUGAUAAAUGUCAUUCUGAUGAUUCUUAAAGAAAACAUCCUCAAACCAACGAUUUCUUUAAAAAUGUCCUGAAAUUCUCUCAGAUUUAAAAAAUAAAUAAAAAAUAAAUUUAAAAUUUACUGUAAUUAAUGAUGUCAUGGUGAUGAUGUCAUGGUGAUGAUGUCAUGACGGCAUGUUUCCCUCUCAUGAUUAAGGAACAGUCCUUAAGUGUCAGUUUGCUUUGAGGCCUGAGUUGUAACUUAAAGAGCUGAUGAACAUUUUACAGACAGAAUAAAGUUUGGACGCAUUAAAGGUAAAAUUAUUAAUAAAGGUUUUUAAU